UUCAUUAACAAGCCGGAGCAUCGAGAUGUUCUUGCCAUCGUCAAAGGUUUCCGUAAUGGAGCAGUCUACGGUGCGAAGAUCAGAUUUCCCCACGCUUUAGUUAUGACCUUUUUAUUUGGUUCGGGAAGCUUGAAGGAUAAAAUGACGAUUAUACUCGAUGCAACAAUUCAGCAUUCAAAAAAUCUCGCAUUUUUUGUUACAAUAUAUAAGACUUUGAUGUAUUUGCAAAAAAAAAUUAAUGGUGACGUGGAGCAAAACGGCCAUUCUUUUAUAGCCGGAUUAAUUGGUGGAUAUAUUGUUUUCGGUGAUAAUAAUAGGGUUAAUCAACAGAUUGUGCUUUAUGUCUUUUCAAGAAUCAUGUUUGGGUUGGCUAAAUUACCGGUAAAACGCCAAGUGAUGGGUGAACCAAAACACACCUUCCCAGUAUUUGCAGCUGUAGUGUGGGGUGUUGUUAUGUGGCUCUUUCGUCACGAUCGCGAUGUGUUACAACCAUCUUUACAAGGGUCAAUGCAGUAUUUAUACUUAGAUUCCGAUCAUUGGUCUACAAUUAAAAAUUUCUUAUGGCAUAAUAAAUAG